GGGCACUUCUACCCCCUUCCUGCCUACCGGCACUUCUACCCCCUUCCUGCCUGCCGGGCACUUCUACCCCCUUCCUGCCUACAGGACACUUCUACCCCCUUCCUGCCUACCGGGCACUUCUACCCCCUUCCUGCCUACCGGGCACUUCUACCCCCUUCCUGCCUACCGGGCACUUCUACCCCCUUCCUGCCUACAGGGCACUUCUACCCCCUUCCUGCCUACAGGGCACUUCUACCCCCUUCCUGCCUACAGGGCACUUCUACCCCCUUGCUGCCCACCGGGCACUUCUACCCCCUUCCUGCCCAGGCCAGUUUUCAGCUU